CUAUUGUAAAAUUAAUUUGUAAAAAUGCUCAUCAAUUUAAUAAAAAUUCGAGCACAUAUUAAGUUAUAGGUACCCCAAAAGUUUUAUUACCCGAUUUGUAAAAUUACUUAGCUAAAUAAUAACCUAACUUUUGACUCUGUUUGCUCUUUGCCUUAUGUAGUGAAAUAGAUUGUACUUUACUCCAAUAGAUAAGCAAUAUGAGGUCGGUGUGGCUUAGAUGCGAUUAGCAAGUGAUUGUGGCGUUUAAGUCACCAUGUUUAAGAUUAAAGUGUGCUGGGUUGUUAAAUAAUUCAAUUGGAUAAGAAAUGUAAAACAGCUUGUACCCGCAACGUUGCUACAAUGCAAUUUUGUGGGCUAAAAUGCAAUAGUGAUACUUGUUGGCGUGGAUGUAGAGCUUUACAGCUUGUACCCUUAACGUUGAAGGGUACAAGCUGUAAAACUCUACAUCCAAAUAAAAAUAAAUUAAAUUCAGAUCACUUUAUUAUGACGUUUAAGGAAAAUCUGGUCAUGUGAACUCGUUGCUUCUGACGCUCUAAAAGUGUAGAGUUAUUAUGGGACAACAAGGUUGGGGUCUUAGCCGUGCCAGUAUUGCCAGGGAUCUUUGGGUUAGUUACAAUCGAACUUGUUUCUAGUUCGAGUUAGACCUUUAAUAGGGAUCUUUUGGUUAGUUGCAACGAGCACUGUCACAAAACGCUCAACUAUGAUGCUAAUCGGCUUAUAAAAAAAUAAACUGAAAAAUACCUACCCAAUUAUAUCGAAAGUUGCUUAUGUCAGACUUACGAUUCAGUCUACCGUUUUCUAGUAAGGUUGAGAGUGUUACCCAGAACGUAAGCUGCCCCAAUGUAAGACCCAGAGAGCUGGACUUAUUUGAGCUUGAUGGCAAAUGGUAUCUCGCUGCCGUGGCCACCGAUCUCAACAUACAAGGUGACUGCGCAAUGGUGGUCUUCAGCCAUAAGAAUACCAACACAACGGAUGUCUCAAUAAGUUGGAUUGUCAACAACACGGCCAGCUACUUCAAUGGUUCCGUUGCCCUUACUAGUGAUAGUACUGGAGCGGAUUUCUUAAUGGUCACUUAUACUGAUAAAAAGACGGAAACCUAUUCAGUGCUAGAUGUGGACUACGAGCACUAUGCUGUAAUUUUUGCAUGCUACGAUGAUCCUGAUGGAAACAGUAGUAGUUAUGAAUUAUGGAAAUUAACUCGAUCCCCUCAUUUGAAGAAGACAGAUGCGAUAAAAUUAGAUCAAGCCGUCGGAAACUACAGCUUGCAGUCUACUCCGUUUAUGUAUUUCAAUAAUACCGAAAGCUCAUGCAAGAUUAAUGCUGGAAAUCAUUUGAACCCUGCAACGUUAGUUAUGACCUCAGCUGCCGCUAUAACUUUGUUUAGGCGGCUUUACUGAAGGAGGUCUUUGAAAAUUACAUAAAUUUUAUCGUCAAUAUUUGUAAAUAUUUGUAUAUCAUCACCAUAAUGGCUCUUUCUAGGUUUUAUCAUGAUCCAGCCAAUUACGCUAUCUAAUAAUUUGGUCUAAUCGGUUAGAAUAUACGAGCAAGACCAUUUAGAACUCUCGGUUGUUUCGAGUUCACUUUUGGAUCGUUGAGAUGCUGUUUUCAAGUAAUUAUUUAACUCAGGCUUUAGUUGUACAAUAAAAAGUUUAAAUUAAGUUUUGCCAAAGAUAUUCUUGAUAUUAUUAUUCUCUUUGGUCUUUGAAUGAUUAACUCAAAUAUAUAAAGAUUUUCAUCACAUGUUCGCAACCUAAAUAUGUUGUAAAUAUGUUUUUUGU